AUUUGCUGUUACUAGCCAGCCUGUCGAUGUCUGUCAGCUCGAAUCGUUGUUUAAUUCUAGACAACAAUCAACAGAGACAACUGCUGAUUUGUGCGCGUAAAUUUAUAGUCUCAAAUAUGUCGAAUCCGUGCCCGGAACAUGCCCACAACACGCAUUCGAAUAUAAAUACCAUUAGCAAAUGCGCAGAGUCGGAUGACAAGAAGUUGGCCAUGUACGCGGCCUUGAAUCGUUGCAGCUGCUGUGCCGAGAACCGAAUGCUGCGCGACAAGCUCGAGGAGCACGAGCAAACCAUCUCGAAGCUCAAGUCUUUAAUGGAGGACAUCAUGAGCAAGCAGGAGCUGCUGACACGCGAACUGGCAACGCUGCAACAGCACGUGAGCUUGGCUGUGCGGCAGGAAGACGUAACAAACGAGCUGCCGGAACACAGCCAGGACGAUGACGACGAUAGUCUCGAGUUUACAGACUUCGAGUUCGAGCAAUGGGAGGCGCCGUGCACGUGCUCGCGCAUGUCGGUGGCCAUCCCGCCAUCGCAGCACUCCUCCGACUCGGAAUUGGAUUUCUAUUAACUUAAUUCACAUCUAUUUACCAUGAAACCAAACAUAUGUCGCUACACCUAACAUUUUCUUAGCAAAUAAUUAUUCUAAACACAUCUGCGAUCCUCCA